AAUAGUUUCAGUUGGGGUGAUGAGAAUUCAACAAUAACCAUGCUAGUAAGGUCUUUCAUAAUUAUUUUAUCUCUGACUUCACCAAUUUGGGCGAGAGCAACUUUGAUUUCUGUUGUACAGGUUUUUCGACAUGGCGAAAGAGCGCCCAUCAACCACUACCCCAAUGAUCCAUACAAAGAUGUAGCCUAUUGGCCAGUAGGACCAGGACAACUAACAAAUGUUGGUAAAACGCAACAUUUCCACCUUGGUGAAUACACUCGACAGAGAUAUAUCAACAACUUACCAGCAGCUUACUCUAACAACUUUUUCUACGCCCAAACGACAGAUGUGGAUAGAACUCACAUGUCAGCUCAGUGCAACCUCCUGGGACUGUUUCCACCCACAGAAACGGAACGCUGGAAUCCAGACAUAGAUUGGAGUCCGAUUCCCGUUCAUCCAUCGGAUCCGAAUGUUAUUAAUUCAUAUCCAAAUUGUCCAGCUUAUGAUGCUGAACAACAAAGAGUUACGGUUGAAGAACCGUAUUUUCAGAAAAUUGAUGAGCAGUACCGAGAUACUUACGAGUAUAUCAGCAACUACAGUGGAUCAAAUAUUACUACAUUGCAAGGAAUUGGUACCGUUUUUGAUUCGCUUUUCAUUGAAAAUGAGUUAGGCUACACGCUGCCUUCUUGGACACAGGCAAUUUUUCCAGAACCCCUCGCAACACUUGAAGGUUUACGGUUCCAGAGUUACGUUUAUAACAGAAAAUUAAUGCGGCUCAGUGCUGGACCAUUCCUUAAUGAAGUCAUCGGACAUUUCGAAAAAAUGAGAAAGAAUUCUUCGACUGCUGAAUUUUACAGGAUGUAUAGUGCCCAUGACUUCAAUAUUGCUCAAGUACUAUCAAGUCUGGGUAGAUUCAAUCCUCCUCGGGCACCAUAUUUUGCCAGUACUAUAUAUUUUGAGCUGUGGGAGUUUCUUGGGAGAUAUCAUGUCAACAUCUACUAUAAAGAUAAGGAUACCAUUGAGAAAAUAACUCCAGAAGGUUGUUGGCAGUUCGAUUGUAGUUUGAGUAAACUUAAAAAUACUUUGUCAGAUAUUCUUAUUGAUACCGACACCUUGAAGAAUGAAUGUGUAGGUUGAUUGAAUAGGCGCAACUAGUGGAAUCAAUUAUCAAUUAUCAUCAGACUGUACCAUUGCAAAGUGUUAUCGAAUAAAAAAAUAUACGAAAGCAUA